UUCCCUAAAAAAAUAGCAACAUUUAAUGAGCAUUAAUUUCUAAAUAUGUAAAGGAGAUAUUAAUUCAAAAAUAAAAUGCAAAACGGAAGAUGGAAAUUUAUUCAAAAGAGGGUAAAUUCGGAAGCUUGAUACGGAGUAUAAAAUAAAUCCUAUAUCCCUAUCUAGGAAAAUGUGACAUCUAAGGGGCUGUUUGGCAACUUCUGAAUAGGUAAGUGCUGAACCAGUAAGAGGUCUGAACCAUUAAGUGCUGAACCAGUAAGAGGUCUGAACCAUUAAGAGCUAGUAUAUUGCUUAACUAUUCAGAGGCAAAUGUCUGAUCAAUUCAGAUAAGAGGUCUUAACCAUUCAGACUCUGUAUAAUACUUAACCAUUCAGAGGCAAAUCUCUUAACCAUUCAGACAUCUGAACCAUUAAGAGGCUAGAACAAACAAAUUAAAGGCUCAAGUUGAAUACUUGGCAAAAGAAGUGGCAAAGCUCACUAAAUUCAAGAUGAGUAUGGUUCAAACUCCUGAACAAAGUGAAGAUGAAGAUGAUGCUAGUUCUGUUGCUACCAUAAGAACUAGAAAUCCAGAGAAGUCAGCCUCUGAUUUCAAGGUAGACAUGCCCAGUUUUGAAGGAAAGAACGACCCUGAUGACUUUCUUGAAUGGUUAGAGACCGUUGAACGUGUCUUUGAUUUCAAGAAUGUGUCCGAAGGGAAGAAGGUCAAACUCGUGGCCUUAAAGUUCAGAAAGUAUGCGUCAACAUGGUGGACCAACGUCACCAUUAGGCGUAGAAGAGAAAACAAGUCCCCGGUGACCACGUGGAACAAGAUGCGAACACUCUUGAAGAAGAAGUUUCUACUCGAGAACUACAUACAAGAAAACUUUGCUAAGCUUCAACACUUGAAGCAAGGCCCUCGUUCUGUAGAGGAAUACAACCGAGAGUUCGAGGAACUCUUAUUAAGGUGUGAUCUUCAAGAAGAUGAUUCACAAACUUUUGUGAGGUAUGUAUUUGGAUUGAAUGUCCAAAUAGCUAACAUCGUGGAACUGCAAGACUACCAAACCCUUGACGAUCUUACAAAGUUGGCUCUCAAAGUUGAAAGCCAAAUCAAGAAAGGCAAGGCUGCCCAAAUGAGAACCUCUUCUUCAUACCCACCUUUACUCCCCACUCCUUCAUCCCCUCCACAUCCCACGUCCUCUCACCAUAAACCCAUACUUCAAAACUGGUGGUCCCAAAGUGGUGAGAUACAAAGUUUAGAGGGGGGGGGGUGAAUAGACUUUGUUACAAAUUUAAAAUCUUUUUCGUUUCUUUGGAAAACGUGAAAAUAAAUGUUAAUCUAGAGUUCUUGAGAACUUUAGAUUGUGUGCGGAAUUUGGUGGGUAGAGUGAGCAGUAAUCAAUAUGGAUGGGUUAG